AUGGCCCCCCAAAGCUUACCCCUCCAAGCAAAGGAGGGCGUCCACGACUACGAAAACCCUGAGGUGUUCCGUCGCAAUACCCUCCCUGCUCGCGCAUACUUCAUUCCUGAGACCUCCAUACUCCUCAAUGGCGUUUGGGACUUCCACUACGCUGGCACUCCUGGCGAGGCCCCGUUGCCCGACGACAAGGACGACAAGUGGGAAACCAUCAACGUCCCCGGACACUGGCAGCUCCAAGGCCAUGACUACCCGUGGUACACCAACACCCAGUUCCCUAUCCCCGUCGACCCGCCCUACGUUCCCAGCGAGAACCCCACCGGCACAUACAGACGCACCUUCCACGUCCCCUCCACAUGGGACGAGAAGUCUCAAUUGCGCUUGAGAUUCGACGGUGUCGACAGCGCCUAUCACAUCUGGGUCAACGGCGUCCUCAUUGGUUUCGCCCAGGGCUCGCGCAACGCUUCCGAGUUCGACGUCACGAGCAUGCUCAACCGGGAUGGCCCCAACGAGGUCUUUGUGAGAGUCUACCAAUGGUCUGACGCCACCUACAUCGAGGACCAGGACCAGUGGUGGCUUUCCGGUAUCUUCCGCGAUGUCACCCUCUUGGCCGUGCCUGAGCCUUCCAGAAUCGAAGACUUCUUCCUUCGCACCGACCUAGACGACAAGUACGAGAAUGCCACCCUUCUCGCCACCGUUGACGUCAAGGCCGCCGAAAAGGGCACCGUCAAGCUCACUCUCAGCGAGCUGGGCAAGAACGGCGGCGCCGUGAUUGUCACCAAGGAGGCUGAAGUCAACGCCAACGACUCCAAGGUCGAGCUCAGCAUCCCCGUCACAAACCCCAAGAAGUGGACUGCUGAGACGCCCUACCUCUACAGCGCCGAGAUCACCUUCGCCUCUCAUACAGUCUUCCAGAACAUUGGCUUCCGCAAGGUCGAGCUCAAGAACGGAUUGAUCUCUGUCAACGGUACCCCUAUCCGCAUCCGCGGUACCAACCGCCACGAGCACCACGCCCACUUCGGUCGCGCUGUUCCCCUCGACUACGCCAAGCGCGAUCUUCUCCUAAUGAAGACUCACAACAUCAACUCCCUGCGAUGCUCACACUACCCCCCUCACCCCAAGCUCUUCGAGCUUGCCGACGAGCUCGGUUUGUGGGUCAUGGACGAGGCCGAUCUCGAGUGCCACGGCUUCUACGACUGCAUCGCUCGUCCGCAGGACGUUCAGGAGGAGGCCGACUACGAGGAGCGCAAGGCCGUCACCUUCCCCAAGGCUGGCAAGUACACCAGCGAGAACCCCGUCUGGCGCGAGGCCUAUCUUGACCGUAUGGUCCAGCUGGUUCAGCGUGAUAAGAACCACACUAGCAUCAUCAUGUGGUCUCUCGGUAACGAGGCAUUCUACGGCGAGAACCAUAAGGUCAUGUACCACUACGCCAAGAAGUUUGACCCCGGCCGUCCGAUUCACUACGAGGGAGAUGUCAAUGCCGAGACCGCCGACAUGUUCUCUUACAUGUACCCUCCCAUUGACCGCUUGACGCGUCUCGUCACAACCGAGCAAGUCAAAGAAGACGGCAAGUUUGACAAGCCAGUCAUUCUGUGCGAGUACGGACACGCCAUGGGCAACGGCCCUGGUGGUCUGGACGACUACAUUGAGGUUUUUGAGAAGUUCCCUCGUCUCCAGGGUGGCUACAUCUGGGAAUGGGCCAACCACGGUAUCUGGAAGGAAGAUCCCGACGGCAAGAAGUACUACGCAUAUGGCGGAGACUUUGGCGAGCGUCCUCACGACGGAACCUUCGUCAUGGAUGGUCUUCUUCACAGCACCCAUGACCCUACCCCUGGUCUGAUUGAGCUGAAGAAGGCUUACCAGCCUCUCUCCCUCUCUGUUGAAGAGAACAAGCUCGUCAUCUGGAACAAGUACGACUACGUUGGCGUCGACCACCUCUCCGCCUCCUACAAGGUGGAGGAGUUGGGUGAGAACUCUGCUCUCCUCGCCGCUGGCAACCUCGAGGUUCCCACGAUCGCCGCUGGCGAGACGGCCAAGGUCGAUCUGCCGUCCUCCCUUUCGAGCAUUAAAUCUGACAAGGAGGUCUACAUCACCAUCACCUUCCGUCUGAAGGACUCUACCAACUGGGCGGAGCCCGCUCACGAGAUUGCCUGGAUUCAGCACAAGCUGUCCGGCGUCGCCCUCGUUCCCAAACUCGGUCACGAUACGCUCAGCUCCAAGCUGCAGGUCAAGCAAGUUCGCUCAACAGCAACCAUCUCCGGUUCCGACUUCACCUUCACAUUUGACACAGCCCGCGGCUACCUUACCUCUUGGACUGCCGCCGGAGUGCCGCUCCUCGAGAAGGAUGCGUCCACUAAUGCCUCUAUUUCUCCCAACUUCUGGAGAGCCCCUACCGACAAUGACAAGCCCAAUGAUGUACCCUACUGGGUCCGCUAUGGCGUCAACGCCUUCGACAGCACUCUGCGUUCUCUCAAGAUCAACGAGUCUGCUGAGAAGGUGGAGAUCAUUGCAACCACCUACCUCAGCCCUCGCAUCUUGGAUUGGGGCUGGAAUACUGUGACCACCUAUACUAUUGACGCUGCCGGUCGUCUUACCAUUGCCGUCGACCUGAAGCCAAGAGGCAUCAAGCCUACGCACAUCCCCCGCGUUGGUCUCAACCUCCGCCUGCCCAAGGCUCUUAACAACGUCAAGUACCUCGCCCUUGGCCCCGGCGAGUCAUACCCCGACAAGAAGUCCAGUCAGCGCCUCGGCGUAUACCAGACGACCGUUCCGGAGCUGCACCAGCACUACGAGGUGCCUCAGGAGGGCGGCAACCAUCUGGAGACCCGCUAUGUAAAGCUCACCGAGGGCUACGGCCGCGGUAUCCGCGCCACCCCGGCUGAUGCUGCGCUUUGGUCUGAGGAGGAGUGGCGCCAGUUCAGUUUCCAGGUCAGCCACUACAAGACCGAGACUGUCCAAAACGCCGCGCACCCGUGCGAUCUCUUUGAGGAGGACGCCACCCUCCUGCGUCUUGAUGCCCGCGUUGCCGGUGUAGGCACCGCCGCUUGUGGUCCUAACGUUCGUGAAGAUCUCAAGGUGCAUGUAGGAGACUUCAAGUUCGCCUUCGUGUUGGAGCGCGUUGGAUUCUGA